AUGAUUGGGAGCUCACUCUGCCGAUUAGGUCGCCGGUUAAUUCCUGUGCAUCGGCCGAUGAACAUGGUGUUGCAGCGGCGCUACUCCGCGGCGGCGGCGAGGGAGGAGACGCGGGAUCAGGAGGAGGAGCAGGAGGAGAUGUUCGACCAGAGGAAGCUGCCUGCCGACUAUGAUCCGGUCAACUUUGAUCCCGCAGAGCACCGGAGUCCGCCCAGCGCGCGAGUGUGGCGCCUCGUUGAUGAGAUCUCUGGUCUGACUCUCGCCGAAGUGGCCGAACUCUCUGGUAUCAUCAUGCGGAAGCUGAACAUGAAGGAGCCUCCCGUGAUCGGAGUUAUGAAGGGCGGGGAUGGCGGCGGCACGGGGGUGGCGGCGGCGAAGGGAGCCGCAGGGAAAGAGGAGAAGAAACCGGAGAAGAGCGUGUUCGAGCUGAAGCUGGAGUCGUUCGACGCGGCCUCCAAGAUCAAGGUGAUCAAGGAGGUGAGGGGGUUCACCGACCUAGGCCUAAAGGAGGCAAAAGAGCUCGUCGAGAAAGCGCCUGUUGUGAUCAAGGGUGGGCUUACUAGGGAGGAAGCCGAGCAGAUCAUCGGUAAGAUGAAUGCCGCCGGAGCAAAGGUGGUGAUGGAGUAA